CAGCCUGUGAGUCUGGGGAUGUGACCCGACGUGGGACAGUCAGUCUGCUCUCUGUCGGUGAGCCUGUUACCGUCUGUCCCUCUGUCCGUGAGCCUGUGUCUCUGUCCUCUGUCUCUGGAAAUGGCUCAGUCAGUUCUCGACCUCAUGCCCGGAGCCUCCACCGGAAGCCUGGUCGUCACCGACGCUCUGAACUUCUGGGGAGGCAAGCGAGUCUCACCCCGGCAGGAGAAAAACGCCGAGCCCGUGUACGAACCUGCGACCGGCCGGGUCCUGUGCCAGAUGAUACCCUGUGGGGCAGAGGAGGUGGAUGAGGCCGUAAAAAGUGCCCACGCUGGCUUCCUGAAAUGGAGCAAGAUGGCAGGCAUGGAGAGGGCUCGGGUGAUGCUAGAGGCCGCCCGGAUUAUCAGGGAAAGAAGGGAGAAGAUUGCAAAGCUGGAAGUGAUCAACAAUGGCAAGUCAAUCACUGAGGCACUGGUGGACAUUGAUGUUGCCUGGCAGUGCAUUGAAUACUAUGCUGGCCUGGCUGCUACACUUUCAGGCCAGCACAUCCAGCUGCCUGGGGGAGCGUUUGCUUACACCAGGAGGGAGCCCCUUGGUGUGUGUGCAGGAAUCGGUGCGUGGAACUACCCCUUCCAGAUCGCAUCGUGGAAGUCUGCUCCUGCUCUGGCAUGUGGUAAUGCCAUGGUGUUUAAGCCCUCUCCAAUGACUCCUGUGACGGCGGUCAUUCUGGCUGAGAUCUACAAAGAGGCAGGGGUACCUGAUGGGCUCUUCUGUGUGGUACAAGGCGGAGCAGAGACGGGCACCUCGCUCUGCCACCACCCGAUGAUCGCCAAAGUCUCCUUCACUGGCAGCGUGCCAACAGGCAAAAAGGUCAUGGAAAUGUCCUCAAAGGGCGUGAAGCAGGUGACUCUGGAGCUCGGAGGGAAAUCUCCCCUCAUUAUUUUCAAAGACUGUGAGCUGGAGAACGCAGUGAAGGGAGCACUCAUGGCAAACUUCCUCACACAGGGACAGGUUUGCUGCAAUGGGACCAGAGUGUUUGUACAAAGAGAGAUCAUGCCCCAGUUCCUGGAGGAGGUGGUGAAGAGGACCAAGGCCAUCCCUCUGGGUGACCCUCUGCUGGACGGCACUCGAAUGGGAGCUCUGAUCAGCAAACCACAACUGGAGAAAGUGCUGGGAUUUGUCAGUCAGGCCAAGAAAGAGGGUGCCAGAGUGCUGUGUGGAGGAGAGCCUUUUGUCCCCAGUGACCCCAAACUUAAAGGGGGAUACUUCAUGUCCCCCUGUGUACUUGAUAACUGCAGGGAUGACAUGACCUGUGUGAAGGAGGAGAUCUUUGGCCCCGUCAUGUCUGUCAUGCCUUUCGACACAGAGGAAGAAGUAAUCCGCAGGGCCAACGACACCACCUUUGGAUUGGCCUCUGGAGUCUUCACCAGGGACAUUUCUCGAGCUCAUCGUGUGGCAGAGAACCUGGAGGCAGGAACCUGCUUUAUCAACAACUACAACAUCAGCCCUGUAGAAGUGCCAUUUGGUGGAUACAAGAUGUCAGGCUUUGGCAGAGAGAACGGCCAGGUGACCAUCGAGUACUACUCCCAGCUGAAGACUGUGGUUGUGGAGAUGGGAGACGUGGAGAGCCUCUUCUAAACUCUGUCGUCCACUGCACAGGACUGUGGCUGGAACUCUCGACUUCUCCCUUCAGUCAUGUUCUGUGCACAAGAUAUGAACGAGUACAUUCCUCUCCUCUUUGCACUUCCUGUGAUUGCAUUACUGCUGUGUACUUGGAGAAGAUGUUGGUCUGAAACGAACAUGUAAGAACUGAUGAAAGGGAGCAGUUUAAAUUCCUCUUCACAAUUCUCAACUUGAACCUGAUUUAGCUCUGACUGGGUAAAUGAUGCUAAAUGAACACACUGUUAUAAAAAGAACAUGUGUAUGUGGAAGUAGGAGAAAGUGCCUUAGUAAGAAAUCUGUCUAACAGAGCCGGUGUCACAUUUUAAACUGUGCUGACCUGAAACACUAUUUGACAGCUUCUGCCUUUGUACCAAAAUAAAAUAUUUUAGAUGUAA